AUGAUGCACGAAACAUCCGACCUCUCCUUCGACGAGCUCGUCGACGCGGCGUGCGAGGAGCUCGACCUCGAGCUGAACCGGCCGCCGCCGCCGCCGCCGCCGCCGACGCGCCGCGAGAAACUAGCGAGGUGGUGCCGGCGCAUCCUGCAGGACCGAUUGAAGCCGCCGAUCCAGCGGACGGCGCGCCUCGCGACGACGGUCCUCAACGCCGAGCUGCCCGUCGACGUCGACGCCGUGUCCGGCGCGGCGCUGUCGCUCACGGCGCGCGUCGCGCACGCGGGGUUCCGGACGCUCCGCUGGACGCUGCUCGCGCCGCUCGCGCCGAUCGCGUUCGCGCGGAAUCGAUUAAGGGCGAGGCGAGACGAGGCGCUGCCGCUGCACGCGCCCGCGCGGCCGGCGGCGCCCGCGCGGCCGCGGCGCGACGCCCCGGCGCCCGUCGCGCUGACGCCCGACGCCGAGGCGCCGGCGCGGCCCCCGGCGUCGCCGAGCUUCGCGUCGCCCCGGCCCUCGGCGUCGCCGCAGUUCACGUCGCCCGAGGCCUACCUGCACGGCAACUACGAGGCACCUAGGCCGCCGAGCAUCGCCCCGCGGCAGCUCUUCGACGAGGACGCCGAGGUGGACCUGCCGCCGGCGCGCGACGCGGCGCCGGCGCGCGUCACGCCCGACGAGCGCUUCGCGACGUCGCGGGGCGUCGGCGCGCCCAGUGUCGCAGCAGACCCCCGGGCGGGUACCACGUACCCCGGGCAGUUCCACAACAAUCCCCAGCAUGCGUCUCUCCGCGCCGCCGCCACUGCCGACGAGCGCUUCGCGACGUCGCGGGGCGUCGCGUCCCAGCCGCCGAAGGCCGUCAUCCACACACCUCCGGCGUCGCCGGUCCGGCCGAACGGCGCCGCGGCGCUGGCGCGGAGCCCGAGCGCGGUGGAAGGCUACGCCCUGUAUUAAUGUGACAAUCUUAAACACAAGGCUCCUCGACCACGCGAGAGAGCCCGGGAGCGCGCCGCCGCCGCCGACACGCACGAAAACAAAAACAAACAAAAG